GGCCGGACGUGUCCCCUAGGUUCGUCAUUCAAAGCUCUUUCGGCCAAACUGGUUCCCCGCGCCCCGCGCCGGGGGCUGGGGACCCGCCGAGCUGCCUCUGUUAGUCCUCCCGGCUGUGAAUUACCUUCGGCGGCGGCGGCGGCGGCGGCGGCGGCGCGGCCCCGCCUCCCCUCGGCCGGCCGGCGGUUCAAGUGCAGGUUCGCAGCUGGGAGCGAAGAGGCGACACCCCUCGCUCGCGCACGGCGACCUGCUCCUCGGGCGGCUGCGGGCGGGGAGGGGACAGCGCUCGGCGCGGCGGCCAGCAGUCCGGCGAGGGAGCGUCGGAACCCCCCGCGGCGCGGAUUGCCCGGCGUUAAGUUGAGGAGGCGUCCGAAGCGGGCUCCGGGCGGGGAGGCGGCGGCUGGAGUGGGGGCCCGGCCCCGCCGGGGUUAAGUCUCGCCUGCUCCCUGCUGCCCGGCUGGCGGCCCGCCGCCUUCAGUGAGAGGCCGGCGCCCCGCAAGGACCCUUCCCCCCCCCCUCCGUCCCCCUCCCCGCCUGCGGGAGGGCGGACAGUGGGGGCUGCUGGGCAGGAAGCCCUCCACCCCCCCUCCAACUCCACCCCCCCCCCCCCCGCGCCCCGUCAGCCCCGCGCCCCGGGGGGUGCCCAGAGUGAGAGGGGCCGAGAUGGCCGAUGAGAUUGACUGGCUGGACUUGCCCGGCCGGUGGACCUACGGAGUUGACCGCGGUGGGAGAAUCUUCUUCAUCAACGAUGAGGAAAAGUCAACCAGCUGGGUGCACCCUGGUACGGAAUCACCCAUCCAGAGUGGACACUCCUCCAGCCCAGGGUUGCCCAAAGGCUGGGAGAUGGAUUCUACCCAGGAGGGAGCCGUGUACUUCAUCAACCACAAUGAAAGACGGAACACGUUUCUGCACCCAGUGACUGGCCAGGUCCCAGAAGAAAACAAAAAAUUUAACUUGAAAACAUCGGCCUUGGACAUGUCCAAUAAAGCAGGUGGAAAACGCCCGGCUAUCACCAACAGCGACACAUCCAACCACAACAUGGUGUCCGAGGUCCCCCCAGAGCGGCCCAGCGUCCGGGCAACCCGAACAUCCCGCAAAGCCAUCGCUUUUGGGAAGCGCUCACACUCCAUGAAGCGGAAUCUCAAUGCACCUGUCACCAAGGCGGGCUGGCUCUUCAAGCAGGCCAGCUCCGGGGUCAAGCAGUGGAACAAGCGCUGGUUCGUCCUGGUGGAUCGCUGUCUCUUCUACUAUAAAGAUGAGAAGGAGGAGAGCAUCCUGGGUAGCAUCCCGCUCCUGAGCUUCCGGGUGGCGGCAGUGCAGCCUUCGGACAACAUCAGCCGAAAACACACCUUUAAGGCUGAGCACGCUGGGGUCCGCACUUACUUCUUCAGUGCCGAGAGCCCCGAGGAACAGGAGGCCUGGAUCCAGGCCAUGGGGGAGGCUGCCCGAGUACAGAUCCCCCCAGCCCAGAAGUCGGUGCCCCAAGCUGUGCGUCACAGCCAUGAGAAGCCAGACUCAGAGAACAUCCCUCCUAGCAAACACCACCACCAGCCGUCCCACAACAGCCUCCCCAAGCCCGAGCCAGAGGCCAAGACUCGAGGGGAGGGUGACGGCCGGGGCUGCGAGAAGGCAGAGCGGAAGCCCGAGAGGCCUGAAGUCAAGAGCGAGCCUCUGGUGAAAGCCAAUGGCAUCCAAGCCGGACCGGAACCAUCCUCGGAGCCGGGCAGCCCUUACCCCGAGGGCCCAAGGGUCCCAGGGGGAGGAGACCGGCCUGCCCAGCCCAAUGGCUGGCAGUAUAGCUCCCCGAGCCGGCCGGGGAGCACAGCUUUCCCGCCUCCGGACUCAGAGAGUGGGGGGCACCAGCGGAUUCCCCCACGUGCCAACCCCGACAAGAUUGCCCAGCGCAAGAGCUCCAUGAACCAGCUGCAGCAGUGGGUGAACCUGCGCCGGGGGGUGGCGCCCCCUGAAGAUCUCCGGAGUCCCUCUAGGUUCUACCCCGUGUCCCGCAGGGUCCCUGAGUAUUAUGGCCCCUACUCCUCCCAGUACCCUGAUGAUUACCAGUACUACCCACCAGGGGUGCGGCCCGACAGCAUCUGCUCAAUGCCAGCCUAUGAUCGGAUCAGCCCACCCUGGGCCUUGGAGGACAAGCGUCACUCCUUCCGCAAUGGAGGCGGCCCUGCCUUCCAGCUUCGGGAGUGGAAGGAGCCUCCGGGCUACGGGCGGCAGGAUGGCACCAUCUGGCUCCCCGGCCCCUCCCCUUCCCGGCAGCCAGUCUAUUAUGAUGAGCUGGAUGCCACAUCCGGCUCCCUGCGCCGCCUGUCCCUGCAGCCCCGCUCCCACUCCGUGCCCCGCUCGCCCAGCCAGGGCUCCUACAGCCGCGCCCGCAUUUACUCCCCUGUCCGCUCACCCAGUGCCCGUUUUGAGCGCCUGCCACCUCGCAGCGAGGACAUCUAUGCUGACCCCGCUGCCUAUGUGAUGAGGCGAUCCGUCAGCUCCCCCAAGGUCCCUCCGUACCCAGAAGUGUUCCGGGACGGCCUCCACACCUACAAGUUAAACGAGCAGGAUACAGAUAAGCUGCUGGGCAAACUGUGUGAACAGAACAAGGUGGUGAGGGAGCAGGACCGGCUAGUGCAGCAGCUCCGAGCUGAGAAGGAGAGCCUGGAAAGUGCCUUGAUGGGGACCCACCAGGAACUGGAGAUGUUUGGAAACCAGCCCGCCUACCCGGAGAAACUGCUGCGCAAAAAAGAGUCCCUGCAGAACCAGCUCAUCAACAUUCGGGUGGAGCUGUCACAGGCGACCACGGCCCUGACGAACAGCACCAUAGAGUAUGAGAACCUUGAAUCCGAGGUCUCUGCCCUGCACGACGACCUCUGGGAGCAGCUCAAUUUGGACGUCCAGAAUGAGGUACUCAACCGGCAAAUCCAGAAGGAAAUCUGGAGGAUCCAGGAUGUGAUGGAGGGGCUGAGAAAAAAUAACCCGUCCCGGGGCACGGACACGGCCAAGCACAGAGGAGGCCUUGGCCCCACGGCCACCUACAGCUCCAACAGCCCCGCCAGCCCUCUCAGCUCUGCCAGUCUCACCAGCCCCCUGAGCCCCUUUUCACUGGUGUCCGGCUCACAGGGGUCCCCCACCAAGCCCGGAUCCAGUGAGCCCAAGGCAAGCUAUGAGCAAAGCAAGAAAGACCCCCACCAGACGUCACCCCUGGACACCGCCAGAGACAUCAACCUGGUGCCCACCAGGCAAGAGGCGGAGGCAGAGAAGCAGACAGCUCUCAACAAAGUUGGCAUUGUGCCGCCUCGGACGAAGUCGCCCACCGAUGAAGAGGUAACCCCGUCAAGGGUGGUGAGGAGGAGUGCCGAUGGGCUCACCAACGGACUCUCCUCCCGGGAGCGCCCCAAGAGUGCCGUGUUCCCUGGCGAGGGCAAGGUCAAGAUGAGUGUGGAGGAGCAGAUCGACCGCAUGCGGAGGCACCAGAGCGGCUCUAUGAAGGAGAAGCGAAGGAGCCUGCAGCUCCCGGCCAGUCCGGCCCCCGACCCUGCUACGCGGCCCGCCUACAAAGUGGUGCGCCGUCACCGCAGCAUCCACGAGGUGGACAUCUCCAACCUGGAGGCGGCCCUGCGGGCAGAGGAGCCUGGUGGGCAGGCCUACGAGACGCCGAGGGAGGAGAUCGCCCGGCUCCGCAAAAUGGAGCUGGAGCCCCAGCACUAUGACGUGGACAUCAAUAAGGAGCUGUCCACGCCGGACAAAGUCCUCAUCCCUGAACGGUACAUUGACCUGGAGCCCGAUACUCCCCUGAGCCCCGAGGAGUUGAAGGAGAAGCAGAAGAAGGUGGAGAGGAUCAAGACGCUCAUUGCCAAGUCCAGUAUGCAGAACGUGGUGCCCGUCGGCGAGGGGGACCUUGUGGACAUGCCCCAGGACUCAGAGAGCCAGCUGCAGGAGCAGGAGAAGCGGAUUGAAAUCUCCUGUGCCCUGGCGACCGAGGCCUCCCGCAGGGGCCGCAUGCUGUCUGUGCAAUGUGCCACCCCAAGCCCUCCCACCUCCCCUGCUUCCCCGACUCCACCAGCCAACCCCCUAUCGUCUGAAUCCCCACGGGGCACCGACAGCAGCCAUACCAUGCGGGUCUGAGCUCUGACUGCAAGCCCUGGCCGAGGCCAACGCCGUGAAGCUGCACAGAGCCACGUUCUGAAGGCCGCCUCUGCCCCCCGAGGUCCUGGUCCCCCACCCCGGCCCCCCGCGCCUGCGCUCCCGUGGGAAUGCUGCAGGGAGCCAGGCUGGGGGCCGGGGUUGCCACCGAGAGGAUGCCUCAGUGUCCACAUGCCCGCCACGCCUGGCCCCGAAGCCCCUCGCUACUCAGAUGGUGGUCCUCGGCCAGGGCCUGAGAGGGCGGGCAGGGAGCACCCUCCUGUCUGGUGCCCAAGUCACAGGGAGCUAGGCCUGGCCCUGCCCGGGCUGGUGAUGGCCUUACUGGAACAUUUCCUGAUGAAGAGGAUGCCCUGGUGGGAGAGACGCCCUGGGCCGUCUUAGGUUAGGACUAGGGGAAGAUGGACACUCUGCCUCUUCUGGGCCCUCUUGACACCGAGGACGGCACCUGCCAUCAUGUCCUUCCCCCAUCAGCCCCACCCUACUGCCCCGGCUGUACCCAGGGCUUUGACACAUCUCUGCUUAUGGGUGCUCCUUUGGGGUCCAGUGGAGACUGACCACCCUGCUUGAGCCAAAGACAAGAUGACAAGACGUGGGGAGAGGCUCCUCGGCUCCCGGAGGGGACAGUGCUGGCUGUGGGUAGAGAGCAGCACGCAGGUCUGUGCAGCGUCUGAGGGCAGGUUGAGAAGGGGUAGAAGAGAGAAAGGGAGAGUUGGAGGCGAGUGGGAGGGAGGACAAGGAAGCAGCAGGAAUCGUUUGCAAGAAAAAGGACAAGGCAGAGAUGCAAAGAGGGGGUAUGGGAUUGGUUUCCCCAGGAUGGAGCCUUAGCUUCGCGCCAAGUACAGUGCCAGACUGUCAGCUCCGCUCCUCCACCGGGUCCCCCAGAUCCGCGGGCUGCCCGCACACUGGCUCCCAGAGGACCCACCAGCAAGCACGUGGGGGCCUGAGGCCGUGGGGACGAAGGUGUGGGGAUGCUGGUGUGGGUGAGCAGGUUGGAAGAUGGCUCUUUCUUAGGUCUGGGCCUAGCGUCUGCCUCCCCCUACUAGGCUCAGGGUCCGAGAGAAGGACCUGUCUUCUGUAGGGUGUAGUCAGCCUUGGGGCCUUUCCUAACCUGGUUCGGGACAUUUCCUUGUCCCCCUUCCCCUUGGAAUGGGCUGUGGGCCAGCUGAGCGAGUGCCCUGGAGAGGUAGCACAGCCUUGAUCUGGGAGGCCAGAUUCUAGGACCCCACCCCGCAUUCCAGGCGUCCGGAUGAGGCUGUAUGGAAGGACUCCCUUCCGGCCUGGCUGUCUCACAAUCCACCUACCCAGGGAGGCCAGCGGAGGAGACACAGAAGCAAAGCUCAUUCUUCCUCCUCUGCGGCUCGUCUUCGAGGACUGUAGCCAGAGAGGAGGGAGGGGAGAGAGUGAAGCUGGAAAAACCUCGGCCCCUGGGCCUUCUCUCUGCCAGAGCUGAUGCCCGGAGACUUCCCAAGAACGACUACUUUAUCUGCCGCCAAGUCUUCCCCACCCCUUCACGGCUGGGACAGUUACUGGUUCAUAUGCAAGUAAAGAUGGCAGUUGAUUCAACAAAUAUUUAUCAAGCACCUUUUAUGUACCAGGCACUGUUCUAGGUGCUUAGGAUAUUCUCGUGCUUCUGAGGGAUUGCAGGCUGGGGAAUUUCACUUCACUUUUAGCAGAGGUGUUGACCGUGACCUUUGGCUACAUUUCCCAUCUUUAGCACAGCUCGAGCACCCCAAACCUGUUUUUUUUUUUUCCCUCCCCUACACACUGGCGGGCGGGAUUGGCCCUCUCCCUCUUUCCGGCACCUUUCUCCACCCACAAGAAAUGGCUCUUUGGGGGCCUUCCAUGCCUUCUCCUUUCUUUGUCCGUCUCUCCUUUUUUAAAGUGGUAUUUUUAGAACUACAUGUAAAAUACCAAGGAUUAAUGCCUGCCACCUCGCUCUCACCUCCUGUUUCAUAAAGCUGGCUCUUUAUGUUGCUUUACAUGCCUUAAUAUAUGUUUUAUGAAGAUUAUACAUAUUAUAGAUAUAUACAUAAUAUAUAUAUUUGUUUGGAUGUCUGGUCCUUUCCCAGAACUCCUGCCCAGGCCCAUUUUCUCCCCUUCACUUUCCACGCCAUUCCUACCUAGCACGUUGUGGCCACACCCCAUGCCUUUUGAUCCAAAGAAGGGGAGAGGACAGACUUAUUUUAAGACAGAUCUAUUUUACGCUUUUAUUAUAAAAGCAAAUCUAUUUUCAAAAUGUGCAAUGUCUGAAUGGAAUUGGCCAAUGGUAGGAGGAGACUGGGGCGGCUGCCUCUAGGUCCGACCCUGUGUCCUUCCCUAUCCCCCCACCCCCACCCACCCCCGGCAGCUUCCUCCUCCUAUUCUCCAGUCUGCAAAGGACCAGUCCCCAGAGCUCACCCAGAGAGCAUCUUACCAGGGCAUCCAGGCUCUUGGAAGUCCUGGUCUAAGGAUUUGAUUACAACUGUCAACUCUUGAUGACCGUCUAAGGUUACAGGAUGUGAAUCCUCUCAAAGGAAAUGUUUACAGUUGUGUGCACAAAAGCACACCCGUGCGGGCACACACACUCCCCCGAUGUGCUCCUGGACCUCCUCCCUUCAUCGGUCUGCUGGAAAGGGCAGACAGUUUAAUGGCAGCCUAUGCUAAACAGCACCAAGAAUUCUGUUCCCUGAUGGAGCCAGGAUGCAGUGCAAAGGCCAAAGGAAAACAGUUUGGGAUCACAGGUCCUUCAGCACAGACACAUUCAAGUUCCUCGGACUUCUCACACUCCUUGAUCCCUUUCCGGUCUGGGUCACAUCGACGACCUCUGUCUCCCUCUGUGACCUUUCCUCUGGGGGCUGUUGAUAAGGGGACGGUACCUCGGUCUGGCAUCCAGACUGCGAAGUCAGCUUCUGGGCUGAAGCGAGUCCCACGGACAAGGUAACAUCUCAGCCUUGCCCAGGAAGCCCCCCGGGGACUUUCACCUGGAGGGCUGCCGCUGGGGCGCUGAACUCCGCCGGCUCGGCCUUCCACACUCUUAUCUGCCCACCAAGUAGGCAAGGGGCUCUUGCCUUGCAAGGUUUCGGGCAGAAUGGAAGUCUUUUGUCCAGAUCCGGAAUCAAAGGUUUGGGACUGUCACAGAGCUCCUGGCCAGCAUUUGAAGCCUGACCUCCCAACUCUGACAUUUACUGACACCCUAUUCCCAGCCUGGAGCAUCUUGUUAUGAAUGAACGGGGCCCAGACGGAGGCCCAGGGCUAAGUGACCCACCGGGAGACAGCCCUGGUUACUAUUCUAGGGCCUUCCCAAUUAGCACAUUACCUUCCUGAUCAAUAACCAAGAGGCUGUAAUCAAAUACCGCUACUGUCACUUUAAAGAUUUUCUGAGGUCGCAAGCUGUGCACACUUGCUCUCCUGCCUUGGGGAAAGGCAUGGUCUUGGGGCAGGGCUGAGAAUAGCAAGACGGAAUCAAUUCCUUUCCCCUGUAGGCACCCCCCACCUGGCAGCUCUUAAAACUAAGGAAAAUAUGAAAUAUACGUAUAUAUACAUAUAUCUAUUUAUGCACAUACUGGGGCCAAUUUGAUUUGCUAGCAUUAGACAAUAAACCAUACAAGGAAAUGUAUGAUCUCAGUGUCUUUAUUUAGUAUAAAAGUGACCUUAGAAGAAAAGUUAGAUAAACAGAGGGCAUCUCUGUUGGGGACCAAACAUCUGUAGCAGCUGCUUUAGCAUCUUUCUAGCCAACAAGCCCUUCCCCGGGGAGGGGCCUCCUGACUGAGAGUGAACGUUCGCUUCCCCCGCCCCGCAGCAUUCUUUCUAGAUCUAGGUACUGAAGAAUCCCAGUGAGCUCUGCAUUUGUAUCUUGCAAGUUUGUAUAAACCCAAUACAGGAAAUAAAAUGAAUGGUUUGUACACGU